AUGGCUUAUGCUGCUGUGAUUUCUCUUAGGCACACCAUGGAACGCCUUGCAUAUUCUUCUCCAGAAAUCAUUACUCCUUUAUACAAGAAAGUGCAUUCGCUGCAGCAAAAUCUCAAAAGACCGAGAACCAGCAGCAGCACGUUGAUGGAUGCCAUCGAUGCAAAAAUCCGAGAUGUAGUAUCGAGAUUCGAAGACGUAUUUGAAUCAUACGUCUCAGAUGAAGUAGCUUCGCAGCUGCAAAUCUUUGGAGACGAAGUUAAACUCUCCCUAGAUCUGCAGAAUCUGAAACCAGAGAUUGAUUUCUUCAUCGCCGCGUUGAAGAAGAUGGAGGAAGAAUACAUCAAAGAGCUGGAAAAACCAUUAUUGCCUGAUGAUGAAGAAGAAGAUAACGAUGAUUCAUCCACAGCUGAUUUUGGUGGAGAGAAGUCGGCGAUCUUCGGAUUAUCGGACGUGUACAAUGAACUCAGAGAUCAACUCACUGUAAUCGAACAGUUGCUCAGAUUCAAAGCUGUGGCGCUCGUUGGAAUGGCUGGCUUCGGUAAGACUACUCUUGCUCGGAAAUUUUUUGAAGAUCCUUUGAUUUUAGAUUACUUUGAAUGCCACGCAUGGGUGAAAGUAGGGAGAAAAUGUCGAUUGGAAAAAAUCAUAAGGCACAUUCUAGCACAAUUGGAUUCUGAUAGAGGUGAAAUGUGUGAUAUGGACGAAGAGAUGGUAGCUCACUCCUUGAGAGAGAGUUUGAAGGGAAAGAGGUUUCUCAUUGUGUUGGAUGAUGUAUGGGAAACUAAUCUCUUAGUAGAGAUUGCAAAGUUGUGUCAUUACGACAAAGAUGGAAGUCGAAUCUUGCUCACGAGUAGGCUACAGCAUGUUGGGGGACGAGGCGUAGCAGACUUGCAUAUGCGUUUGCUGAAUAAAGAAGAAAGUUGGGAUCUUCUUCGAGAGAAGGUGUUUGGGGAAGAAUCGUGCUCGUAUCAACUUGAGAAAGUUGGAAGGAAAGUAGCGGAGAACUGUGAAGGUCUUCCUCUUAUGAUCGUCAAGGUUGCUGGCUUCCUAUCAAAGUAUGGAGAAAAAACAGUGGAAUGUUGGAGUGAGGUAAUGUCAAGGAAGAAUCACAAAGUUUACACUGAUGCAUACAAGGAAAUAUGUGAGGUAGUUUUUCCAAGCUAUGACAACUUGCAAUGGCAUUUAAAGGCGUGCUUUCUUUAUAUGGGAGUUUUUCGUCAAAAUUAUGAGAUUUCCCAAUCCAAGCUUAUCAAGAUGUGGAUUGCAGAGGGAUUUCUCGAACCUUAUAACAUCCAAGAUUUGGAGCAUCACAGCAAGGCGUGUCUGAAUGAGCUUGUAUCAAAUAAUCUUGUUAUGUUCACCCAACAAAGCUCCAUUUCUGUUUUGGAGCAAACUAAAGGAGUCAAGAAUUGUAAGCUUCAUUCUUGUGUGUGGUAUCUGUGCAACAGAGAAGCUAUGGAGAACAAGUUUUUCCAUGUCUUAAGAUACCUUGCUGAUGCCCAGGCUGAUGGGCUUGAGAGGCAGCGUAGAUUGUGCGUUCACAAUAGCGUGCUACUUGGUAUUAAAGAUGUGCACGAGUCAAUGGUGGAAAAUUGUGGUUCCACUGUGCGCUCUCUGUUGUGUUUUGGUGUGUAUCAUCAAUAUCAAGUGACAAUAUGCUCGUAUUUGAGGUUGUUGAGGGUGCUUGAUGCCCUUUCAAUCCGGAUGUACGAGUUCCCAAAUGAUGUAUUGGAACUGGUUCACUUGAGGUACCUUGCCCUCACUUGUGAUGGCGAGCUCCCUGGUUCAAUAUCCAAACUGUGGAACCUUCACAUCUUAAUUAUUCAUCGACACUUGGGCAUCAAAUGGUGUGAAGAUCCUUCAUAUUUGCCUAUGGAGAUAUGGGAUAUGAAAGGCUUGAAGCAUCUUGAGAUCAUGGGGUGUGACCUACCACAUCCUAAUGGUGCAUUCUUGUGCCACCUUGAAGCACUUUUAAGAGUUAGUUUUGAUAGUCUUGCGGAUGGCAUUCUUGAAGCAAUUCCUAAUAUGAAGAAAUUAGGAGUCCAAAUAUUGGCACCAAAUACAGCAAGCUGCUUUAGCCAUGUUUCCCAUCUGCAUAAACUGCAGACACUUAAAUGUGUUGUAGUGAAUCCUGAUUUGGAGUUUGGUUGUGUCCAAUCACCUCUUCCUGAUUUCUCAAAGCUCCCAUUGAGCCUUGUCAAGCUGAGUCUGAGUGGAUUCGGAUAUGAAUGGGAAUGCAUGGGACCAAUCGCUUCAUUGCCAAAUCUUCAGGUGCUCAAGUUGCGAAGCUAUGCUUUUCAAGGCCCGAGAUGGGAAGUACAAGAGAAUGGAUUCUUGAAGCUUCAAUAUCUUAAAAUUGAAGACACUGAUUUGGAAGAAUGGAUGAUGGGAAAGGGAAGCUUCCCAUGGCUUUGCUGCCUAAGCUUGAAACAUUGCUACAAUUUGCAAGAAAUUCACUGGGAAUUUGAAUCAGGAGUGUUCACAAAGAUUGAAUUAGUAGACUGCAAUCCAUUAGGCGUGACAUGUCUACAACAAUUACGAGAGGCAAGAUUGAGAAGCAAGCAUUAUGUUCCGGAUAUUUUUGUCCAUUCUUCAUGGAUGCUGGAAAAUCAGCGGGUUGGACGGAUAUUUUUGUCCAUUCUUCAUGGAUGCUGGAAAAUCAGCGGGCUUCCAACCGUUAACAUCUAG